GAUAAUUGAGAACCUGUUAUGUAAUCAAGCACACUGGUGUGCUCUGAGGGGUCUCAAGCAGACUUCACACACGACCGAUAUCCGACUGGACUCGUCAGCAGAGGAACACCAAGACGCAGUCACAGCACAGAAAGCUUUCAGUACUUCAGGAUGGCUGUGAAGCUGCUCUGUCUCUGCCUGCUGCUGGCUCUGUUGUGUCCCAGCUGGGCCAAAAAACAAACAUGUCCAACAUCUGCUUCCAGCUGCGACGAGUGCGUCCAGUCUGGUCCGGAAUGUGCUUGGUGCACUGCCCCUAAUUCUGACGUUCGGUGUCAUACCAUGAAGGGGCUGCGGAGGGCAGGCUGUCGUAAAAGUCAUAUAUACAACCCUCAGGGCUUGGUGCAGGUUGUCAAGAAUGAGAGCAGCACAGAACCAGCAGAUGCCAAGACCCUGUUCCUCCAGCCCCAGGAGUUCUCGGUCCUUUUGAGGCCGGGUGUGAGCCAGACUUUCCCUCUAACUAUCACCAUGCCGACAGACCAGCCUGUCCCAGAGCUGACGACAGACACCAACAAUGUGCCGGCGGGAGUCAACAUCACACUCAGUAGAGUCGUGACUGGACACCCCUUAUUUGUGACUGUGGAGGCCGCCCAGUGUCCCAGUAAGAUUGAUGACUCAAACCAGAACAGGACUGGACCCUGGUUUGUCUACAUCACACCCAGAGGCUUUCCACUGAGUGUGAAGUUACAAAUUUCUCUGGAGUGCCAGUGUGAGUGCACGAGAAGCCGCGAGGAAAGCAGCGUCGCCUGCAGUGGUCACGGAGCUCUGAUGUGUGGCCAGUGUGACUGCUACGAUUCUCACACUGGACAAAACUGCCAGAGAGACAAAGAUUCAUCUUUUUCGCAAAAUGAAGAUUUCUGUCGCUCAGGCCCAAAUGCCCCUGUGUGCAGCGACAACGGGGAGUGUGUGGACGGCUUCUGUGAGUGCAAAGAGCGAGCUGACCCGCAACAAAGAUACAGCGGACGAUUCUGCGAGUGCAACAACUUUGACUGUUUAUACGUCAACUCCAAAAUAUGCGGAGGCCAUGGGAAGUGCGAAUGUGGACGCUGCUUGUGUGAUGACAACUGGACCGAUGAAGACUGCAGCUGCUCCAUGGAAACUGCCCCCUGUAUGGCAACAAACCAGCAGCUGUGCAACGGUAGAGGGAUGUGUCUUUGCGGCAAAUGUAAAUGUGAGCCACCAUACGCUGGCCCGACCUGUGAGAUCUGCCCUCACUGUCAGAACACAUGUCAGCAGCACAUGGAGUGUGUGGAGUGUCGAGCGUUUGGGAUGGGACAGAAGGACAGGUGUGACCAACAAUGUGGUUCCCUCAGUGUGACCGUGGUGGAGACCAGAGAUGAUUUGCCUCAACGUGAAGAAAAUAUUGCAUUCUGUAAAAUGAUGAGCCGCCAUGACUCUUGUUUCUUCUACUACACAUUCUCUCACACACCCUCUGGUGGACAGUCAGUUGUGGCGCGGGCUAAGGAUUGUCCCCAAUCCUAAUUGUAAGAAGCAUUUUUCCUGUUUAAGUUUCAAUAUAAGCUACAUGAGUUUUGUCUGUUUCUUUGUUGUAUUAACAAUGAUACUAA